AUGGCGACUAUAUUUAGUGGGCACGCUGUGGGAACAAGACGGGAAAGUGAACAAAAACACUGGCGUCGCGAACUCGUCGCGACAGACCACGGAAAAAAGUUCACCUGCAUUGGAAGCGUCUGCGGUGACGACCUAAUGGAGCCAGGUGGCACGAUAGCGGCUCCAUCCCACAGCACAGUAUUUUGUAAUUACGCCGACAAGAGAAAUGAAAACAAACGAAGAUGGAUGGAUGCUGGAAUAAACAAGUUGGAAUUGUUGCCAGAACUUGUUCCGUUCAAAUGCGUCUUCCGCACGAAGUUGCGGCCCUUAGGUUCCCAACCACAGGUCUGUCCUCAUAAGGAAACAUAA